AGCAGCGGCCGUGGCGGCGGAGGAGGCUGGAGGGGAGUCGGCAGCGCCGGCGGCGGGAUCGGCAGUAGCAGCAGCAGCAGCAGCAGGAGCAGCAGUCACAGUCAGCAGCAGCCCUGGGUCCCGCGGCGCCUCUCGCCCCGCCGCCUCCCGCACUGCCUGACCCGGCCGGCGAGCCUGCCCGCCGCCAGCGCCCUCAGUCGUCCUCCGACUCGCCCUCGGCCUUGCGCGCCAGCCGCAGCCCGAGCCGCAACGCCACCCGCAGUCUGAGUCCCGGCCGUCGGCUCAGCCCCAGCUCGCUCCGCCGCCGCUGCUGCUCGUCCCGGCACCGGCGCCGCACCGACACCCUGGAGGUGGGGAUGCUCCUGUCCAAGAUCAACUCCCUGGCCCACCUGCGCGCCGCGCCCUGCAACGACCUGCACGCCACCAAGCUGGCGCCGGGCAAAGAGAAGGAGCCCCUGGAGUCGCAGUACCAGGUGGGCCCGCUGUUGGGCAGCGGUGGCUUCGGCUCGGUUUACUCCGGCAUCCGCGUCGCCGAUAACUUGCCGGUGGCCAUCAAGCACGUGGAGAAGGACCGGAUUUCCGAUUGGGGAGAACUGCCCAAUGGCACCCGGGUGCCUAUGGAAGUGGUCCUGCUGAAGAAGGUGAGCUCGGGCUUCUCGGGCGUCAUUAGACUUCUGGACUGGUUCGAGAGGCCCGAUAGUUUCGUGCUGAUCCUGGAGAGGCCCGAACCCGUGCAAGACCUCUUCGACUUCAUCACCGAGCGAGGAGCCCUGCAGGAGGAGCUGGCUCGAAGCUUCUUCUGGCAGGUGCUGGAGGCCGUGCGGCAUUGCCACAACUGCGGGGUUCUCCACCGCGACAUCAAGGACGAGAACAUCUUAAUCGACCUGAACCGAGGCGAACUCAAACUCAUCGACUUCGGGUCGGGGGCGCUGCUCAAGGACACAGUCUACACGGACUUUGAUGGAACUCGAGUGUACAGCCCUCCUGAGUGGAUUCGAUACCACCGCUACCACGGCAGGUCGGCGGCUGUCUGGUCCCUGGGGAUCCUGCUCUAUGACAUGGUCUGCGGGGAUAUUCCAUUCGAGCACGAUGAGGAGAUCAUCAAGGGUCAAGUGUUCUUCAGGCAAAGGGUCUCCUCAGAAUGUCAGCAUCUUAUUAGAUGGUGCCUGGCCCUGAGACCUUCAGAUCGGCCCUCCUUUGAAGAAAUCCAGAACCAUCCAUGGAUGCAGGAUGUCCUCCUACCCCAGGCAACUGCCGAGAUUCAUCUGCACAGCCUGUCACCGGCGCCCAGCAAAUAGCACCCUUUUUGUCAGACCCUCCAGGGAAGGAGAACUUGUCUUCUGACCUUCAACAGGACCCUGCUUGACGAUGCAGGAACAGUAAUGACAACUCAUUCCAGACUCCAGGUCCCUGGAGCAGGGCCCCACCCCCACCCCACGAGGAAAGAAGACUACUUCACUCGUUCUGGACCCCUCUUUGCCUCCCCAUAGACUCUGCUCCUAGUGUUGCUGGCUCUGCAGAAUCUCUGGGUGGGGGAUGGGAGUGGUUCAGAAUCCUGUCAUGGAACUUUUAGUCACCAUGGAGACUGUGGGUCACUAAGAUGGGCCAGGGUAGGGGAAAACAUUUUGGGGGGUGGGAUAAAAACUAGCACCAUAUUUAAGUCCCUGUCACCUCUUCCAACUCCUGAGUGCCUUCUGUGGGGACUCCGCCUGUGCUGGGAGAAAUACUUGAACUUACCUCUUAACCUGCUGCUUCUCAAAUUCUGCCUGGGUUUGCUUCCCUCCUCUCCUUUCCCAUCCCCCCACUUCCUAUGAAAGGUGCCAUGGGAGAGGCUACAGGGCCAUGCUGAGCCACCUGCCCUUUUUCCCGCUCCUUUAGUAAAAUUCCCAAGUGAACUGGUCUUCCUUUUUUGGUUCCAACUUAACCGUUUCAAAGCCAAGACCUCACACAGAACGCACAACCAAUGCAA